CUCUCGCGAGCUCGGAUGUGAUGUAGCAACUGCUUUGACUUGUCGGAAGUUCGAGUGGUGAAGCAGUGAGCUGUAAUUAGCGCCAGUAACACCGAAACGUUUGCACACCUGUGACAUUUUCCUGCACUUUUACUCAAUGGCGUAUCCAGGAUAUGGGUAUGGGGGUCCUCCGAUGCCAGGCAUGCCUCCUCAGGGUAUGCCACCCCACGGCAUGCCGGGAGGACCUAUGGGAGGCCCCAUGCCCGGGCACAUGGGUGGCCCAAUGGGAGGGGCACCACCCCAUGGAGGGUUUCCUGCAUAUGGAGGGGCCUAUCCAGGAACAUAUGGCGCUCCAGCACCAGCUGCCAAUGAUCCAAUGUGGGGCUAUUUCACAGCCAUAGCAGGACAGGACGGUGAGGUCGAUGCUGAGGAGCUCCAGAGGUGUCUGACCCAGUCUGGUUUCACCGGCAGCUACACUCCAUUUAGCCUGGAGACGUGCAGGAUCAUGAUUGCCAUGCUGGAUAGAGACUACACAGGGAAGAUGGGUUUCAAUGAGUUCAAGGAGCUUUUCCAGGCUCUGAAUGGCUGGAAGCAGAACUUCAUGAUGUUCGACCAGGACCGCAGCGGGACCGUGGAACCUCAUGAGAUGAAUCAGGCAAUCAACGCUAUGGGCUAUCGCAUCAGUCCUCAGGCUCUAAAUGCCAUCGUCAAACGCUACAACAAAGGAGGAAGGAUCUUCUUCGAUGACUACGUUGCCUGCUGUGUCAAACUGCGAUCUCUCACAGACAACUUCAGGAAGAGAGACACCAUGCAGCAGGGAUCUGUCACCUUCCAUUAUGAUGAUUUCAUCCAGUGCACGAUGUCGAUCUAAAGAGUCCCGCUCCAUGAGAAGAGGGCGAACCAAUCAGUGGUGGAUUCUGGACCACCGCCUCACAGGAAUGCAAAGGGAGGCCAGUAUGUUAGUCUGGGCUGCUACAGUAAAGUACCAAUCGCUUGUUAUGCUCGCUGUAAUGCUUUAGUCUUGCUGAAGAUGUAUCUGGUAUUAACAUGUACACAUUAUGUAUCCGAAUUGGAAGGAAAUAUUGAACAUUUCAGUGACUUUAAAGCCCUUGUGUGCAGGAUUUCUGCUUUUAAAUGAAAAUUGUGAGAUUCACUUGAAAAAUGCUACAAAUGUGUUAGAACUGCACAGAGGGGCUUUAAAGAGGAGAGGUUUGUGAAUUUCAGUGAAGCAAUGAGGGAAUUCAGCUUCUGCUAGAAUGAAAUGUGCUCAGUAUCAACCUAAUGAUACUAAAGGAUCAUAGAACCUGUGAGACACCUAUGUGCCAUUUUAAUCUCUGAAUGUAUUGAUAUGUUAGAAAGUAUAGCUAUAUAGUCACAGCAGCCUCAUUUGUCAGAUUUAUUCUUAUACACUGAAUUUCAUAGCCAUGCCUUCUGUUAAAGCCAGUACAUUCUGUUGUUUUCGUCACAGUGAUACUUUUGCUUAAAAUGGUGUGCACUCUGAUUUUCUUAAACUUGUAUUGAGCCUUACAACAGUAGAGUAUAUAAUGGAUAUAUAGCUUAAUGUUUAACAUGCUAACUCGCCAAAGUGACUGUGAGCAGAUAACACCACACUGAUAAACUCUUAUUUACCUUUUAUUGUUUUUGUUCAGUCACAGCCGGUUUCUGCACUUCUAGAGUUUGCAGUGAAUUCAACCUCAACACACUCCAAAUGUUGUAGUAAAGAUCAUAUUUUGUUACUCACAAUAAACCUUUUUAACCAGU